UCCGGGCGGUCGGAGUAACACUGCUUCCGGACUUAUUCCGCCAAAUUCAAACAAGAGACUCCUCACCAGCAGCAGCUGUUCGCCCCGUUCUCUCUGAUUAAUCGAGCUGCUUUUAGGCGCGUUCAGCAGAUCUGUGGAGAUGCCCGCUAUUCCGAAGAGGCCUUGCCCCGACCCGAUGAAUGACUCCAUGGAGAAGAGGAUAACGCGCAUUUCCAUCGAGGGAAACAUUGCGGCUGGGAAGUCCACUUUUGUGCGCCUUUUGGAGCAGGAGAGCACCGACUGGGAGGUAGUACCAGAACCGAUCGCUAGAUGGUGCAAUGUCCAAACAACAGGCAGCGACUUUGAGGAGCUGACCACAUCUCAGAGGAGCGGUGGCAACGUGUUGAAGAUGAUGUACGAGAAGCCCGAGAGGUGGGCUUAUACCUUCCAGAGCUACGCCUGCAUCAGCCGAGUGCGCGCCCAGAUCAAAUCUGCAAACGGGAAGCUCCGCGAGGCUGAGAAUCCUGUGUUGUUCUACGAGAGAUCCAUUUACAGCGACAGGUACAUCUUUGCAGGCAACCUUUAUGAGAGCGAAUGCAUGAAUGAGACUGAAUGGUCCAUCUACCAGGACUUGCAUGGCUGGCUUCACAACCAGUUUGGCAAGCACAUUGAGCUAGAUGGUAUCAUUUACCUCAGAGCUUCACCUGAGAAAUGCUUGGAACGAUUACACACAAGGGGAAGAGAGGAGGAGCAGGAAAUCCCUCUGGAAUACCUGGAGAAGCUCCACUACAAGCAUGAGAGCUGGCUGCAGAAUAAGACCAUGAACAUGGAUUUUGAGUAUCUCAGUGACGUUCCCGUUCUGACCUUGGAUGUGAACGACGAUUUUAAGCAGAACGAUUCUAAGAGUGCCGACAUGAUUGAGAAGGUGAAGGAGUUUUUGAGCAUAUUGUGACGGCCACAGGGAACAACAUCCUGGAAUAUUGGGAACAAUAAAUUAUCACUUCUCAUUCAUUUGAUGGUUUUAAUAACAGAAAAUGUGCACUUUUUAAUAUCAUUUAGCUGUCUUUUUUAAUUGUUUACUCAUGUAUUUUAUAAAUGGAAAUGAUUGCAUAGCUUUUCAAGAUUUAGUGAAGGCUGAUGCAUGUGUAUGUGUGCAUAUCUGCACAAAUAAAAUGUAAAGGUUUUUCUUUUUUUAAUUUGAGAAUAAAGUCAAAGCUAUCUUUAAAAAUAAAGUGCUUUUGAUCAAGA